AGGGAAGUGAUAUGACGCAGAGUGGUUUUAUGACUCCUCUAGCCCACAAAAAUCACUAUCACUUUUCAGCGGCUUGAUGGAUGGUUCUCCGUGAGAGAAGACUUUGAAGCUGAGGCAGGGGAUGUGCGGUGGAGGGCUUUGCGCCUCAGGUUAAUAGCAGAGGCCCCUUCUUGACAUUCCCAGCACCUCUUCUGUGUUUGUGCCUGGAGAGCAGAGCCAAGGGGGUGGCUGCAAGCUGAGCCUGUCAACUCUGCCCAAGCCACACGCACACCAGGAGCCACGCCCAAAGCUCACUGCAUUCCCCAGACAGAAAGGAACAUGAAUUUUGCUCGCCGAACCCCCAGAAUCCUUCUCCUCAUUGGACUAUUGGUUUUCUCUGCCUUUGGAACUUUAAGUCAUGCAGCGGAGAAUCCCCUCCAUCAGGUGAAGGGGGCCCUCGGAGGAUCCGUCUUGCUUCGUGCAAACAUAUCCCUAGGUGUAACGGUGCAGAAAAUUGAAUGGGACCUGGUUCACCCCAAAAGCGGGAAGCCCUAUCACUUUGCUGAGUUCAGAGAUGGAAAACUGGAGCAGCCAGAUUUCAGCCAAGAGUUUAAAAAACACAUGAACAUGAUUUCUGAGAACAUGUUGAGGACUGAGAAAAAUCUCAGCAGCUGGGCUGAACGUCUGGCAAGACAAGGUGAGACCUCGUGGAAGAGCCAAGUACUGAUCAGGAACAUGUUCGGACGACGUCUGGGGAUGGCUGAUGAGGCCACACUGAGGAUCAAGAGGCUGGCGAUGGAGGAUGAAGGAAUCUAUACAGCGCGUGUUUGGUUGAACACGACAGAGUUUCAACAUCAGAAUUUCCGCCUCACUGUUUACAAGCCGGUGCCACCACGAAGGAUACACCGUCAAGACUUCAAGCCUUUCCUAGGCUCCAGACCUCCAGUGCCAGAUAUGUGGAAGGGGAAAGUUGCAGGUUACAGUGGAGAACUCUCAGACUUGAGGAUCAUUGCCAUCGUCGUUGCAUGUCUAUUACUGGUUUGUGCAAUUGCAAGAGCGCUGUCAAAAUGCAUCAAUGAUGAGCAAGCAGACGCUGCCCCCACGAUGCCAGAGGACAAUGAGGUCUCUCUUCCACUCCAGUACUCAAUGGACCCAGCAAUGAGCCCACCGAAAUAUGAGGAUCUCCAGUUUGUCUCGGACACAUUGGCCACAUCCGACCCACAGCCAGACGUGGAUUGCUCAUGCACUGACUGAUGUUCCGGCUGGGACCCAGGUUGACAGGGACAGAAAGGAAUUUUCAGUGAGUUCAGCUCCACCCUGAGAAUCCUGUGUUUUUGCCAUGGUCCUGCUAUCUGUUCAUAUCCACCAGAAGUGUACAAUCAGUAUUGUGGGCCUGACUCUGUGGAACUCCCUCCCAGCUAAAAUCACCCAGUCCUUCCCCUCCCUGUUGAACAUCAGGUGCUUGGUGAAGACCUUUUCACUUCAGCAAGGUCCGUCCCCCCUGAUUCUAUGGUUAAUUUUAACAGAUGUUAUCUCUGUUGUGUCUAUUGUAACCUUACUCUACACCGCUUAGGGACUAAGGUGUUAAGCAGUAUAUACAUGACUGAAAUAUAUUUAGUUUUAUAUUAUAUUCAUGUGCGCAGAUGAUUUGUGUGUGACUGUGUGUGCUUUAGGGACCUCAGUCUCUACCUGUCGCAGAAUCCAUUUCCUCGUCACUGAGACCACGUCCAUCAGUGCACCAGUCCUGGUCAGCUGCAGUUAUCUUUGCUAUAGUUUUAAUCAUUUAUUCCAGCCUUGGCCAACCUGGUGCCCGCUGCCACUCUGCCUUAAGCAGGCAGAGAGACACUUUAGCAUUCACACAGCAGAGUAGCAGUGCUGUUAAAAGGGACUCAAACCUAUUCCCUUCCUCCACCCCCGGCCACCCUUGUUAUGAUUGCCUAGGCAUACAGGAAAAACUCAACCCCUCAUUGUUACUUUAUAUGGGCUGGCCUCCUAUGCUCUCCAAUGUUUCUCACUUUCAGAUUUGCUACCAAAGAUUUUUUUUUCUCUCCUAAGCACCUUCCUUAUAGCCUAGCCAAGAACCAGGCAUGUGCACAAACAAAUAGCAUUUAUUCAAAGAGCAGAUGUUAAUAAAAUAU